AGCAAUCGACUUUCGGCGAAGUGAACCAACUCGGAGGUGUGUUCGUCAAUGGGCGUCCCCUGCCUAACGCCAUUCGUCUUAGGAUCGUGGAACUGGCUCAGCUCGGAGUACGGCCGUGUGACAUCAGUCGGCAGCUCAGAGUGUCGCAUGGGUGUGUCAGUAAGAUACUAGCUCGUUAUAACGAGACGGGGUCCAUACUUCCUGGGGCCAUUGGCGGAAGUAAACCCCGGGUUACCACCCCUAACGUAGUGAAACAUAUAAAGGUGUACAAGGAACGAGACCCUGGGAUAUUCGCCUGGGAGAUUCGUGACAAACUACUGGCGGACGGUGUAUGUGACAAGUACAAUGUUCCUUCAGUCAGCUCAAUAAGUCGUAUUCUCAGGAACAAGAUAG